CACAGUGCUUGCGCUUUUCUGCGUCAGAAUUCCCUCCACCCCAGAGUUUCUCCAAGUGUGGCCUUUGGGAAGUUGGAAAAUGUAGUUUCUCGGGUUCCAUCCCCGGCCUUUCUAAUCAGACUCGGGGCGGAUCCCAGCGAUUGGCAUUCCAGCAAGCGUUCCGAAUGCUGCUGGUGCAACCAAAUUUGAGAUUUGAUUGCUCCGCUUUGACCUAAGCACUCCCAGACACUUGGCCUGGCCGUUUAUUUUUCUGUCUCCAGAGCCUGGCACCUAGGAAGCAUGCAAUAAAUAUCUGCUGAAUGCAUAAUAACGAUGAUAAUGAUAGCAGUUAGCCACAGAUGAGCGCCUGCUGGGUGCCAGGUUAUCUUCUAAACCUUUAAGAAGAGUUAGCUCAUUUAAGGCGCCACCCCCGGGAUCAUUUUACGGAUAGAGAAGCAGGCUGCGGAAGGCCAAGCUCUGUGCCCCUGGGUCUCCCAGCGGGUUUGACCGUUGUGCUGCUCAGGGCUCUCGACAGGGAACAGCGGUAGCGGGUAUCUUGGGCGCCCCCACCCCACCUGGGGGUCCGCGCGCGUCCGCGGCUCGGAGAGGGCGCCCUGGGGACCCGCCCGAGCGGAGCGCGGCAGCGGCGGCAGCGGCAGCGGCGGCGGCUGGCGGCCCGUGGCGAAAGUGCGGCUGCGGAAGCGCGGCCAGGCCCGCGGCUCCAAGGAGGAAGUCGGGGGAGGCGUGGGAGCUGCGGAACUUGCGGGGCCCGGCGGACGCCAUGGGUCGCCUGCACUGCACGCAGGACCCCGUGCCCGAGGCCGUGGGCGGCGACAUGCAGCAGCUGAACCAGCUGGGCGCGCAGCAGUUCUCAGCCCUGACAGAAGUGCUCUUCCACUUCCUAACUGAGCCCAAAGAGGUGGAAAGGUUUCUGGCUCAGCUCUCUGAAUUUGCCACCACAAAUCAGAUCAGUCUUGGCCCCCUCAGAAGCAUCGUGAAGAGCUUCCUUCUGGUUCCAAAUGGUGCCUUGAAGAAGAGUCUCACGGCUGAGCAGGUCCGGGCUGAUUUCCUAACUCUGGGUAGGUCACCACCCAAGGUCGCUCAGAGUGACAGCCCUGCAGCUCUUCAUCAUGCUCAUGUCUCCUUCUGUUCUCUUCUAGGUCUUAGUGAGGAGAAAGCCACUUACUUUUCUGAAAAGUGGAAGCAGAAUGCCCCCACCCUUGCUCGAUGGGCCAUAGGUCAGACUCUGAUGAUUAACCAGCUCAUAGAUAUGGAGUGGAAAUUUGGAGUGACGUCUGGGAGCAGCGAACUGGAGAAAGUGGGAAGUAUUUUUUUACAAUUAAAGUUGGUGGUUAAGAAAGGAAAUCAAACUGAAAAUUUAUACAUAGAAUUAACCUUGCCUCAGUUCUACAGCUUCCUGCACGAGAUGGAGCGAGUCAGAACCAGCAUGGAGUGUUUCAGCUGAUUUCUGCCCCCCUGCAUCUCCGCCCCCCUCCCCACCCCACCCCCCGCCCUGGCGUCGGCUCCUUCAGGCCCACUUGCUUCUUGGGAGCCCAGGUGCAAAGGUUUCUGAAAAACAACAGGAUUAAGUACUUACGGAUGACCCUGAAGUGUCUUUGUUGAGGGAGCCUCCACCACCCAGGUCACUGUUGAGAUAUUCAGAGAGGCCAUUGCAUCUCAGAUUCGGGGCAGAAAAUAAGUUCCUCCCGUUCAAGGUUCUAGAGUAAACAAGCAGGUCUGUGGCUGGAGGUGGGCACUGAUGACCCUCCCCACCAAAGCGCAGCGGCUUGGUUAUGGCUGAGGAAGGGGAGGACUCCACAAGCGACAUACCGCGGAGCCCCAUGGAGUCCGGACACACGUGGUGCUGGUUCACUGCUAGGCAUCUUUCAUGGACACUGCUUGGUCUGCCCUGAAAAGAACUGAGGCUGACUGCCCUCAUUUUAGGUUUUGCCAUGUUCUAUGUAAUGACGGGGGCCUUUUGAGCUAUUUCAGCUCGUAUGGGCUCAAGCUGACCUCCUCUCUUGGCUCGAUGAGGAAUAAAAAAGGUUCUGAAGAACA